GUUUGUUUUCAAAUGCAGAUAUGUUAUAUACUCUACCCUGGGGAUGAAUCAAUAGAGGGCAAGAUCCUUCGUCUCAAGCAACAAUAUACUUUGUGUUCUGCUUCUCUUCAAGAUAUAAUUGCUUGUUUUGAGAGAAGAUCAGGAGCAAAUGUGAAUUGGGAAGAGUUCCCUGAAAAGGUUGCAGUGCAGAUGAAUGAUACACAUCCAACCUUGUGCAUCCCAGAGCUGAUGAGAAUCUUAAUAGAUGUAAAGGGUUUAAGUUGGAAAGAUGCUUGGAAUAUUACACAAAGGACCGUAGCAUAUACAAACCAUACUGUUCUUCCUGAGGCAUUAGAGAAAUGGAGCUUGGAUCUUAUGCAGAAACUGCUUCCACGCCAUAUUGAGAUAAUAGAAAUGAUUGAUGAGGAGCUGAUUCGGACCAUAUUGGCAGAAUAUGGCACUGCAGAUUCAGACUUGCUGGAGAAUAAAUUGAAGGAAAUGAGAAUACUAGAAAAUGUUGAAUUGCCUGAAGAAUUUGCAGAUGUACUGGUUAAGUCCAAAGAGACCACUGAUAUUCCUAGUGAGGAGCUGCAAAGUUCUGAACAAGUAGAAGAAGAAGAAAAGAAAGAUGAUGAAGAAAAUAAAGAUGAUGAUAAUGAUGAAGUGGAAGGAGCCAUUGCUAAAAAGAAGGGAACAGAUGAAAGUUCCAUUGAGGAUGAGAAAGAAGAGUUGCCUGUGCCGAUACCAGAACCACCAAAAGUUCGUAUGGCAAAUCUGUGUGUUGUGGGUGGUCAUGCAGUGAAUGGGGUUGCAGAGAUUCAUAGUGAAAUUGUAAAAGAUGAAGUUUUCAAUGCGUUUUAUAAGUUGUGGCCUGAGAAAUUCCAAAACAAAACAAAUGGUGUGACACCAAGGAGAUGGAUCAAGUUUUGCAAUCCGCUUCUGAGUAAAAUAAUAACCGAGUGGAUAGGUACAGAGGAUUGGGUCCUAAAUACAGAGAAAUUGGCCGACCUACGGAAGUUUGUAGAGAAUGAGGAUCUACAACUGCAGUGGAGGGAAGCAAAGAGGAGUAACAAAGUUAAAGUUGCGGCAUUUAUCAGAGAAAAAACAGGGUAUUUUGUCAGUCCUGAUGCAAUGUUUGACAUCCAGGUAAAGAGAAUCCAUGAAUAUAAGCGACAACUACUGAACAUACUUGGAAUUGUUUACCGAUACAAGAAGAUGAAAGAAAUGAGUCCUGUUGAAAGGAAAGCAAAUUUUGUUCCUAGAGUUUGUAUAUUUGGGGGGAAAGCAUUUGCUACGUAUGUGCAAGCCAAGAGAAUUGUGAAGUUUAUUACAGAUGUUGGGGAAACCGUUAAUCAUGAUCCUGAAAUAGGAGAUCUACUGAAGGUUAUUUUUGUCCCUGAUUACAAUGUCAGUGUUGCUGAGAUGCUUAUUCCGGCAAGUGAAUUGUCGCAACAUAUCAGUACUGCUGGAAUGGAAGCAAGUGGAACCAGCAACAUGAAAUUUGCAAUGAAUGGCUGCAUAUUGAUUGGAACUUUAGACGGGGCCAACGUUGAAAUUAGGGAAGAGGUUGGUGCAGAUAACUUCUUCCUCUUUGGUGCCGAGGCUCAUGAAAUUGCUGGGCUGAGGAAAAAGAGCAGAGGGAAGUUCGUCGCGGAUCCACGAUUUGAAGAGGUCAAAGAAUUUGUCAGAAGUGGUGUUUUUGGAUCUUACAACUAUGACGAAUUGAUUGGGUCCUUAGAGGGAAAUGAAGGUUUUGGUCGAGCAGAUUAUUUCCUUGUGGGCAAGGACUUCCCCAGCUACAUAGAAUGCCAAGAGAAGGUUGAUGAAGCAUACAGAGACCAAAAAAAAUGGACAAGAAUGUCAAUAUUGAACACAGCAGGCUCAUACAAGUUUAGCAGUGACCGUACGAUUCAUGAAUAUGCUCGAGAGAUAUGGAACAUUCAACCAGCCCAAUUGCCGUAGAAAGGUGCAGACGCACUUGGUGCCACGUAGUUAUGAUGAUCCCUGAUCAGCUUAAUUCCUCGUACCAGAUAAUAAAUAAAUAAAUAUAAUUUUGCAAACAAAGGCACUUCAAGUGCGCUUUUGAUCAAAAUAAGCUUGCAGUUCUUUAAUAUAUCUGUUAUGGAUACUACUAGUCGUUGUAAAGCUUUACCAUACCUUUGUCUUAUAAUAAAUAUUUAUUUACUUA